GUCAAGGGUUGAAGAUAUUUUUUUUUGGUUUCACGUUGAUAGAUUUUUUACCACACAGUAGAACUAUCCUGAUUCAAUUACCACACAUGUGGGCAUUUUAUUGGCAAAGGGAGGACCAAAUGUCAUGCUGAGGUAAUUGACAUUUGAAUCUAAACAGGGCAGAGAGAAGAGAAUUAUAAUUUGGGUGUAACAGAAACACACCGGUCUGGGUCGAAAUUUGGAAAGCAAAGAUGUUGAGGAUAUCUCAUCUUAGACUCUCUCUCACUUCCACUCUCAACCUCUCGACUUGUUUAACCCUUCAAAAACUCUCUACUCGUUCUGCAGCUUCUCCACCUUGUCGUCUCUCCCACACCUUCAAACCAACUUCCCCCAAUUCCAACCGGGUUCUUCUUCGUGUCAUGGGCACUCCAGCUCCCAAGUGUAGAGCUUCAUUUAGUUCUGAAAGUAGCUCUGGUGAUGCAAGGGAGAUAUUGGUCCAGCACUUACUUGUCAAAGAAGACAAUCUUAAGCUGCUGUUAGAUCUUCAGCAGAGAAUUUCACGAGGUGAAGACCUUAGUGAUCUUGCUGCAGAGUACUCGAUAUGUCCAUCCAAAGAAGAGGGGGGAAUGCUUGGGUGGGUGAGAAAGGGGCAAAUGGUACCUGAAUUUGAGGAGACUGCAUUUAGUGCAUCUUUAAACAAAGUUGUUAGGUGCAAAACCAAAUUUGGAUGGCAUUUAUUGCAAGUACUGUCAGAGAGGGAGGAAUCUGUACUUCAAAACAUUCAAUGCAAGGAGCUGCAUGUGAAAAUGCAAGAUCCGAGUUUCUUAGACAAGGCACAGUUGAUUGAUGUCCGAGAACCUGAAGAAGUGGCCCAAGCUUCUUUAUCCGGAUUCCAGGUUCUUCCCCUUCGACAAUUUGGAAGCUGGGGACCUGACAUAACCACAAAAUUCGAUCCUCAAAAGGAUACAUAUGUUAUGUGUCACCAUGGCAUGCGAUCUCUACAGGUUGCCCAGUGGUUGCAGACGCAGGGUUUCAAGAGAGUCUUCAAUGUUGCUGGGGGAAUUCAUGAAUACGCUCGAACGGUUGAUCAAACAAUUCCCACCUACUGAUGAUAUUUUCCGGAUUAAAGAUGUGCCUCCCAUCACUUGAGACCGCCCAAGAUUUUUGCUGUGUACAUUGGAGCUGCACUAAUGUAUGUUCACAACUACUUUGAUACAUUGGUUUCCGUUGUUUCUAGAAGAAACACAUAGUGGCAUGCUCCCCCGCCUACGAGACCUAACUGUUAAUGUUCUAAACUUGUAAUGGAAGAAGAAAGCAGGGUUAUUUAUAAUUUCAGCAUAGCUGUGGAUAUGUGAUCAUCAUUCCUAAAGCAAACAUGAACAGACUGCCGGUAACGGUUUUGUUUUUCCCGU